AAGCGUCAAGAAGGGGAUAGGCCGGGAAAGCGCACCUCCUCGCCUUCUCCGCCCUUCCCGGCGCGGAGAUCAGCACCAGCGAUGGCGGCAGAGGGAGGAGCGGGCGCCUUAUUAGAAGCGGCAUCGUCGGCCCAAUUCCAGGAUUUGCUGCAGCGGUCGGACAGGUCUUUAGUGGUGGUUCAUUUUUGGGCCCCAUGGGCUCCUCAGUGCGUUCAGAUGAAUAAUGUCAUGGCUGAACUAGCAAAAGAGCAUCCACAGGUUACGUUUGUGAAACUGGAAGCUGAAGCAGUUCCAGAAGUAUCUGAAAAAUAUGAAAUUUCUUCUGUUCCAACGUUCUUGUUUUUUAAGGAUUCUCAGAAAAUUGACCGAUUAGAUGGUGCUCAUGCACCAGAACUGACCAAAAAAGUUCAGCGUCAUACAUCUAGUUUGGCUCUUUCACUUGGUUCUGCUGAUAAUGAAAAAGAGGACCUUAAUUCACGACUCAAGAAACUGAUUAAUGCUGCACCUUGCAUGUUGUUUAUGAAGGGAACGCCUCAUGAGCCUCGUUGUGGUUUCAGCAGACAAAUGGUAGAAAUUCUUAACAAGCAUAACAUUGUGUUUAGCAGCUUUGAUAUACUUUCUGAUGAAGAAGUACGCCAAGGUCUAAAAACGUACUCUGACUGGCUUACUUAUCCACAGUUAUAUGUAACUGGAGAGCUUAUAGGUGGAUUGGAUAUUGUUAAGGAGCUUGAGGCUUCAGGAGAAUUGGAUACAGUCUGCCCUAAAGCACACAAAUUAGAGGACAGGCUCAAAGAGUUAAUAAACAAGGCUCCUGUGAUGUUGUUCAUGAAAGGAAAUAAACAGAUGGCAAAGUGUGGAUUCAGCAAGCAGAUUAUAGAAAUUCUAAACAAUACUGGUGUUGAUUAUGAGACUUUUGACAUACUGGAGAAUGAAGAGGUGCGGCAAGGAUUAAAGAAGUAUUCAAACUGGCCAACCUACCCACAGCUGUAUGUGAAAGGUGAACUCGUUGGAGGCCUAGAUAUUGUUAAGGAACUAAAUGAAUCUGGUGAGUUGUCAUCUAUUCUGAAAGGAGAAAAUUGAUGCAAGUGAAAUUCAGUAAUGAAGACAGCUGAAAUACAAAAAAAAUAUUAUUGACAUUUUCACUGGAACAGGUCAUGAUGGAAAAAACAGAAUGCGGGUUUCUGACUUUCUUAUACUUUUAUCAGGCCAUGCUAGAGGUGUAUGUAAAUGUAGAUUUUCAUACAAUUCUAAACUUAUGAACAUCUUCAGAUUGAAUUAAAAUUGAAGUUCAAAAGUG